AUGGCUAAAGGAAAGAAUAAGAACCAACCUCGCUCUGGAGCUACCACUUCUGCAAAUAGAAUAAAUGCUAUGGCCGCCAAACUGGAGUCGUCACUCGGAGAUCAACUAAUAAAAGGAAGGCAUCCUUGUAAGUGCCAGGCCAGAAUUCAUGGAUUAAUUAGAAAUUGUUUGGGAUGCGGAAAAAUUGUUUGUAUUCAGGAAGGGUCGGGGCCCUGCUUCUUCUGUGGUACGCUUGUAUGUACGGUUGAAGAAAGACAAAUUUUAGAAAGAGGUUCUCGUGCCAGUGCUGAACUGUAUAAGAAGCUCAUGGGGACUGACAUUUCUGGAAAAGAAUUGAGUUUGAACAGCAUUGGAGAAGAUUUCCAAAGAGCAGCUGAGUUUAGAAAUAAACUGUUAGAGGCGGAUAUGGAUGUAGAACGAAAAACCAAAGUAAAUGACUUACAGAGUGAUUACUCAUCGUUGGAACGGAGUGCAUUCUUAUCAUUAGAAGAACGAACCCGCAUAAUGCAGAGAAGAGAUGAGCUCAUCGAGUUACGUAAUAAGCAGAGGCGGGCAUUGGUUGUCAAUCUUGAUUUGGAAAAUCUAACUCUCGAAGAGAAAAAGCACAAAGAUUACGCCAUUGAUAUAAACAACGAUCCUAUCAUUCAAAACAUAUUAGAGAAGUCUGAAGAACGAAGAAGGGCCAGCGAUGCCAUGCAUGCUUCAGGACUUGACGUUGAAUGGGUUCCGAAAACUUUUGUUCCUCAGUAUGAUGCCACCAAAGGGUCGCAGAUAACAACCAAUUCUAGCUUAUUAAAGAAUUUGAAUACUAAAACCUUAGCAAACUCGGAAAUAGCGAGUUUUGAGGUAGACAACCAAGGAUACGUGAUUGUACUACAACAGCCUUUGGCCACAUUGGUUGCUCAUGGUGUGCACAAAUUGUUCCGUUUCCCUAUUGAUGUUGUUGUGAAUGGCCCUGUGUUCAUAGCCUCGGAUGGUCAUUCCGCUACCAGUGAUGAGAUUGAUUCGGUUAUAAAAAAACAUUUCAGAGAGAGGAAGAAGCCUGAGUUUCCGGUUUUCUCAAUAUUGGGUAGAAUUUUUGUAGAGGAUUGUUAUACUUUGAAAGAGCAUUCUAUCUCUAGUUCCUCCAAGGAACUACCUGGCAAAGGAGAGUAUGUUGUAUCAGUUGGAACUGAAGACCCCUUCGUUCGAUCUGUUGAGCAUAUAUCUCUUACCAACUUCUACCAAGUUGACGAGCAGCUCAGGAAAAUCCUGAACAGCUCAUAUAGCGUGUAA